AUGUCCGCGGGAGUACCCCCACCGAAUGGACAGUUUCAUGUUAAAACUACUGCCCAGAGAUCACCUGUAGCGAUAAAUAUUGCAAAUUACUUGUACAAGAAUCCAAUUUUGAAACAGCGCACAGGGUUACUUGACAAUGCAACAGAUCUUGAGUUCUUUAGAUUCAAAAGAUUUGAAAGAGCUUUGUUGAGCGAUGAUUAUAAAGCCAAGCAGCAAAACCCCAAGAGCGGAUUGAUCCCUAUCCCCGAUGUCCAAGAAGUGCAGAAAGUUUUUGUGAUGUUGAUCCAGAACCAGUUGGUCUUGCCAGUUGAGAAAUUGCAUUAUGCCCAAAUAAAGGCUGUAAAAGGAUGGAAACCCAACAAAGAGAAGCCAACUUUGAAAAGAGCCGAUAAGGCUGUGAUUGACCCUAAUUCGUAUUUUGGCUGGUUAUACUCUAAGCCAAAUCCUUAUAUCAUGUUAUACAGUAUAUUGGCAAUAGUGGGUGUGUUUACAAUUAUCUUGUUUCCCUUGUGGCCCAACUUUAUGAGAAGAGGAGUUUGGUACCUCUCGAUGGGUGCGUUGGGUCUAAUUGGGUUAUUUUUCGCUAUAGCUAUUGUGAGAUUGAUCAUAUACAUUUUUUCACUUUUAGCAUUUCCACAACCGUUUUGGUUGUUUCCCAAUUUGUUUGAGGACUGUGGAGUGAUUGAGAGUUUCAAACCGUUGUAUGCUUGGGAAGAAUCUAAAAAGCAAAAGAAGAGCAAAAAGGGCAAAAAGGGCAAAAGUUCUGAAGCCGUGAAGGAUUCUGUUGUGGAGAAGGGGAAGGAGAAGAAGAAGGAGGCGCAAGAGGAGACUAACAGUGAGAGUGAAAAAAUUGAGCCAAUAGUUAUCAAGCAAGAUAAGAAAGCUAGUGGCGUAGAGCCUUCGUCUAAUGGCACAACAACUAAGCGCAAAGUUACAAUAGAAGAAAUAGCCGAAUAG